ACUAAAAUAUUUAGUCACUAAAAAGCUUCUGACUAAAUUUUUUAGUUACCAAAGUUUGCUAAACUAAUUUUUUUAGUUUUGGUCAGGUUAACCGAAGUUAACCGCUAAUUAGUCGACUAAUUUUAGUUUGCCCAUCUCUAAUCAUGGGUGUUUUAUGGCGUAGUGGAUAAAAUGUUAUUUACUGUUAGCAUGUUGAUUACAAAACGUCGUAUCUGGAGCAAUCAGUGAACAUAUCCCUAUUCAAACUAUUUGACAACUAUUAGUUAUCACAAUUGUUUUUCGAUUUCUUCUUGGGAAUUUUUGUGAAUUAAUAGUGAGCCCUGCCAUUUCUGGUUCGUACCAGAUUGGCAGGGACAAGUUGUUCAGAGGAACUAUAAUACACUCUCCAGUGUACGAACUGCCCUCGGUUCUCGCAGCAUCUUUUCGUGACUUUAUUUCUCUCACUAUUCCUACUCAGCUUUUCAAACUUCUCGAGACAUACGUUGGAACCCAUUCUUGUUUGUCUAAUGGAGUCGUCAGGACGCUGGAGCCUGUGCUGCGGGAGCGACUGCAUGCGCCGUGAGGGGGGACGUUCUGGGGCGUCUGAAUGUUGUGCUUCAAGUGAUCUGGGGGCUUGCCCUUAUAACGCUUCGCGUUUGGCCCUUUUAACCAGUGAUCUCAUCAGCGCGGCACUCGGUCAACCCCUAAAUCCUGCUUUUAUGGUAAAUGCGGCCGAAGAACGCGUAUCUGUGCUGUGGAGUCUUGCUGACUUCUGGAACUCUCACUACGCGUUGGAUCAUUUCAUUCCGUUGUUCAUGUCAUUGGGUUAUCGUGGAACGAACGUGGAUCUCCCAGAUUCUGGAGACGGAUGGAGGAAGCGCGGACGUUUGCGAUCGGAUUUUUCUGGUGUUAUGCCCGAAGCAACCUGGGGGCUUGCCCUUACAACGCUCUGCGUUUGGCCCUUAACCAGCGAGCUCGUUGGUGUGGCACCUGUGGAUUCUGGCUGCUUGCUUCUGUAGUUUUUUUUGUCGGUCUCUGUGUUUGCUUUGUUCGCGAAUGUCGUAAAAUCAUCUUAACUAUCAGUUGUUUUCACUUAUGUUGGUUUCUCAUGUACGAAGUGCCUGUCAAUCAUGGCUGUCGAAGUCUGAGACUGGAUGUUUUUCCUUUUCAACGGAAGGUUUGCCGGAAUUGAAGUUCUAUCAUGUUGCUCUGAUAUUUAUUUUUCCCGGAAUCACGCUGUGAUUUUUUUCUUCUCCUCUCCAAAGAAAGUAGUGCGAUUUAAUCAUGACCGUCACAAAGGACAAACAGGAUAAAGAGGAUAAGUCUGAACCGGUUGACCAAAAGAAAAGAAAUGCCCCAAACGGGAAGGAAGCUGGCAAGGUCAUGGAAGACCUCAAACAGGAAGCCGCCAUGGAUGACCAUAUCAUAUCUUUGUCUGAUCUAUGCCGACGUCUGCAGACGGAUGCGAAAAACGGAUUAAGCGAGGAUGAGGCAAAGAAAAGACUGGCGCGGGAUGGCCCGAAUGCGCUGACCCCUCCAAAAACCACCCGUGGGUUUAUAAAGUUUCUAAAGGAAAUGUCAGGCGGUUUCUCACUUCUCUUGUGGGCUGGGGCAAUAUUAUGUUUCAUAGCUUAUGGGAUCGAAGUGGCAACAAAUCCGUUUCCUGAAAGAGAUAAUCUUUAUCUUGGAAUCGUUUUGGCGGCUGUGGUCUUCAUUACCGGCUGUUUUUCCUAUUACCAAAAAGCAAAAUCGGAACGAAUUAUGGAUUCCUUUAAGAAUAUGAUACCGCAGCACGCACUGGUUAUACGAAAUAGUCAGAAGAGCAGCAUUGUUGCUGACCAGCUGGUUUUGGGUGACCUUGUGGAAGUGAAAGGCGGCGACAGAAUUCCAGCCGAUCUUAGAAUUAUUGAAUCAAAAAGUCUUAAAGUGGAUAAUUCAUCUUUGACCGGCGAAGCGGAACCUCAAAGUCGCACGACCGAGUCCAAUGAAAAUCCUUUGGAAUCGAAAAACAUUGCAUUUUUCUCCACCAACGCUGUGGAAGGUACCGGCGUUGGCAUCGUUAUCCGAUGUGGUGACAAUACGGUGAUGGGUCGUAUUGCGCAGCUGACCACUGGUCUAGACUCCGGUGAAACACCGAUUGCCAAGGAGAUUCACCAUUUCAUAUUGAUCAUUACGUCCGUGGCCGUUUUUCUGGGGGUAGUGUUCUUAAUUAUUUCCGCUGUCAUGGGCUAUCACUGGCUGACUACCAUCAUCUUCAUGAUCAGUAUCAUUGUGGCGAAUGUACCGGAAGGAUUACUGGCGACCGUAACGGUGUGCUUGACCUUGACGGCUAAGAGAAUGGCGAAGAAAAACUGUUUGGUAAAGAAUCUAGAAGCAGUGGAAACUCUGGGAUCUACUUCGACAAUUUGUUCGGAUAAGACUGGAACUUUAACCCAAAACAGAAUGACUGUCUCGCAUUUGUGGUACGAGAGCGAGAUUCUAACAGCGGACACCAGCGAAAACCGAACAGGUACUGAUAUGAACACUUCGUCUCCCACGUUUCAGGCCCUUCUUCGGGUGGUCCGACUAUGCAACCGCGCAGCCUUUCAAGCUGGACAGGACCACCUGCCCGUUGCUAAACGAGUAGUCAACGGUGAUGCGUCGGAAACCGCUCUGCUGAAGUUUGGCGAGAUCACACAAGGACAGACUAUGGAAUACCGUGCUCGGCAUCAUGUCGUGUGCGAAAUUCCUUUUAAUUCUACCAAUAAAUUCCAGGUAUCAGUUCACGAGCAACCACCGGAAGAUUCCGACCAGCGCUAUCUAUUGGUUAUGAAAGGUGCACCGGAAAGAAUUCUCGAGCGUUGCAGUACCAUUUUUAUAAAUGGAAAAGAGGAACCGCUGACUGAAGAAUGGAAAAAGCGCUUUAAUGACGCGUAUUCAGAUCUUGGUGGCAUGGGCGAACGUGUACUUGGGUUUUGCGACUAUACUCUUCCACUGGAACAGUUUCCAAGCGGGUUCAAAUUUGACGCCGAGAACGAAAACUUCCCCACCAGUGGUCUGCGUUUUGUCGGUUUAAUUUCCAUGAUCGAUCCGCCGCGCUCGGCGGUACCGGAUGCUGUUGCCAAAUGUCGAAGUGCCGGUAUCCGUGUCAUCAUGGUCACCGGUGAUCAUCCCAUCACCGCUAAAGCCAUCGCCCAAAGCGUGGGUAUUAUUUCCGUCGGCAACGAAACAGUGAAAGAUAUUGCCAACCGCCUGGGGAUCGAUGUCAGUCGCGUUAAUCCGCGUCAGGCCAAAGCGGCAGUCAUACACGGGAGCGAUCUGCGUGACAUGGCCGGCACAGAAAUCGACGACAUUUUGCGGCAUCAUUCGGAAAUCGUCUUUGCCCGAACCUCACCGCAACAGAAGCUGAUCAUUGUGGAAGCCUGCCAACGUCAAGGGGCCAUCGUGGCGGUGACCGGAGAUGGUGUAAACGAUUCACCGGCACUGAAAAAAGCCGAUAUCGGUAUCGCUAUGGGUAUUUCCGGCAGUGAUGUUAGCAAACAGGCUGCCGACAUGAUCUUGCUGGAUGACAAUUUCGCUUCCAUUGUGACUGGUGUGGAAGAAGGUCGACUGAUCUUUGAUAACUUAAAGAAAUCCAUUGCGUACACCUUGACAUCCAACAUUCCGGAACUUUUGCCUUUCUUGCUUUUUAUUAUUCUCGGCAUUCCUCCGGCACUUGGCACAAUCACCAUCCUGUGUAUCGAUCUCGGUACCGACAUGGUUCCUGCAAUUUCUUUGGCAUACGAAAAGGCUGAAUCUGACAUCAUGAAGCGCCGCCCUCGAGAUCCUACCAGAGAUCGUCUCGUAAACGAGCGCCUUAUUUCUUUAGCUUACGGUCAAAUAGGACCCAUUCAAGCUGCUGCCGGCUUUUUCUGUUACAUUGUGAUUAUGGGCGAAAUGGGCUUUUUGCCGUGGGAUUUACUUUGGAAACGAGAGAGAUGGGAUAGCAGAGAGGUCGCCGAUUUGGCUGAUUCUUAUGGUCAAGAGUGGACUUAUAAACAACGAAAAGAAUUGGAAUACACUGCUCAAACCGCAUACUUCCUAUCUAUUGUCAUUGUCCAGUGGGCCGAUUUGAUUAUUUCCAAAACGAGACGGAAGUCCUUGUUCCAGCAAGGCAUGGGGAACUGGGUGCUGAAUUUCGCUCUGUUGUUCGAAACCGCGCUGGCCUGUUUAAUGUCCUACACGCCAGGCAUAUCGGUGCUGUUGCGGACUCAACCCGUUAAAGGAUUGUGGUGGCUACCGGCCCUGCCCUUUAGCGUGGCCAUCUUUGUGUAUGAUGAGAUCCGCCGCUUCAUACUGCGACGUAAUCCCGGAGGCUUUGUUGAACGGGAAACCUAUUACUGAAAACGCGUGGCGCCGUCCGUUACGCGUACUUUACAUUUGUUUCCGGUGUAUUUAUAAAAGGAUGACCUGUUUUUAUCUGAAAUGAAAAUCGAUCUUUUUAAGCUAUACCAGCCCAGUGUAGUUUGUGAUGAUUUGCGAUAGUUUAUUUAUGUCGACAGAUGUGUUGACGGUUGAGCUGGAUCAAUAAUGUUGACUUCCAAAAAUAAAAUUACCUGUGCACAU